GUGUCGCGUCACUCCCUUCCAUAACCAACAAGUAGUGGAUUAGCCGAGUAGAAAAACAUUGUGUUCUACGUCGUGGACAAAUAUACUCUCCAGUCUCCAUAAAAUAAUAUAUAAAUAAAAUCUUAAAUAUCCCCAUAACAUCUCGCCAUUUUAUACUGUGAUGUGAUAAGAAUACCAAGAAUAGAUCUAACUUUUAUACUCAAUCCAUCAAUCUAUAGUGAUUAAAAUUUAACCUUACUUUCAAGGACAUCUUCUAACUUUGCUGUUGUAUAAAGUUUAUAACAACAUAAUGUCUCAUGUCAUUGUUAGUGCUUGCAAUCAAGAAGAUAGUAUGAAAAAAUCGAAUAACUUAUUUUCGUCUUCUUUAAACAAAAAUCAAAGCGAAAAUUUUGAUUCGCUUAAAUUGAGCAUAUUAUCUUAUAUUAAAGCUGUAAAUAAAAAGAAUGAAUCUAUGCUAAGUACCAGAUCACGCCAACAUAAACAAGAACCUGAUUUAAAUAAAAUUGUAAGCAGAAUAUCGACAGAAGAAGUUCAUUAUAUUAAACGUAAACGCAAAUCUUUAGUAUGCCAAGAAAAGGUUGUAGAUAAUUUUACUGAAAAUGUCGACAAACCGAGUUUAGACUUUACUGAUGAUUUACCGCAAAAGAAACAACCAAGGAUAUCUACAGAAUCGGAAAAGUAUGUAGAAAUAAAGAAUCUAAUGACAUCUGCUGAUAUCAAAGCUAUAGAUGACCUUUUGGAGAGUUUAAAAACAUAUAGAAAUAUAGCUGAACUUGAAGAUGUAGCUGAUUCUGUAGAAGUGACGCAGGCAUCAUUGUCUACUUCAAUCAAUUACUCAACAGAAAUGAUCGAAAAUAUUACAAAUGGGUGUAUUGAACCGAUCGUGAUAAUACCUCCACAGCAAUGCAAAGCAAAACUUAUGACACAUCCUAAUGUAUAUCAGAAACCAAUUUCACCGGUUGUUACCGUACUACGUGAAAGUAAAGGAAUUAUCCGAAAAGUAAUAAGUAUACUAGAGCCGUUCACGAUACAAAUUCCACCGCAAUGCAACGUACGAGUUACAAUAAAACACAGCAAAAAAUACAAAGACAUUUUACCGGUUGUUAACAUAUACAGCCAAUCUAAGCAUAUAAAAGUAAUAAGCCUACCUCCCUAAUUAAAACCGAUUUAUAAUGAAGACGAGAUAAAAGAACGUGUUUCAGCUAGCA